CGUACAUUUUGUUCUAUGUCGAACUGCGGAUUAAUCUAUGACCUGGCACAUUUUAAAGUACCUACGAAAACUGUCGGAAAUAUGUGAAAUUAGUUAAUUUUUAAAAUGUGUAUUUUUAAAUUUUAUCAUUUAUUGCGCUCUUAAAACUUUUGUGUUGCGUCAGAUUAAUUCUUUACCUAGUGAAGUGAGUGUCUAAUGAUUAAAGAAAUACUUGAAAAGAUUCUUGUUAUUGGAGAAACGCGCGGGAACAAUGGAUGGGACUUCUUGAAUUGGUCUUUAAAGGGUUAAGUAAAAAACCAAAGUUCAGCCCCACGGUCAGAUUGUGAGGAGGAAAGGCAUGUAUCAUUAUGUUUAUUCAACUUGAUACGUUAGUAGUUAAGAUUCAAAAUUGCGUUUACUCAGACAAUUUAUUUUGCUUUACCUAAAUCGAUAACGAUGUGAUCACUAAAAUAAUAAUGCAUCGAGGAAAAAACUCGAAGGCUCACAGACUUAUAAAAACAGAAAUGUAAAGAACAAAGUUUCCAUGAUUAUUCCUAAAUAUCUAAAAAAAAUACUCAUUUGUGUUGAAUUCAACUCUUAUUUUUACAGCUGUUUUUAGUGUUGCCAGACCAUGGAUUUUACCAAAUGUAGGCGAAUUUAGCUUAUCGAGCAAAUUCAACCUGCACAUAUGUUAAAAACGACAGUGAUAAAUUUUAAUGUCACAUGAUACAGGAUUCUGAAUAAAUAAUAACAUAUUCGUAGUUUGUAAAAUAUUACAUUUCUGUAGAAAUUAGAAGUAUCUUUAACAUCUAAAUACAUAUAUAGUUUGAUGUGUAUUUUUAUAUAAUAGUGAUUUACACAUUUAUCCUGAAAUAUUUAUUCACGUUAAAAUGUAUCAAUGAAAUGAAAACGGUAAGGUAACAGCAAUGACGGGGCAACACCGGAACAUAUAAAACUUGUAACCGCCGAAAUAAUUUUCAGUUGGUUUAAAGCGAAGUCGUGAGAUGAACGCACGUCGAUAGUUUUUUAUUAAUAAAAUUUUCGCAUUGUUUUAAUCUAAUUAUGCUCCGUAGAUAUUGAAACAUGUAUUAUUUAACGGGUUCUGUAAUUAUCUUAGUGUUAUUUAGUAGUACAAAUUGUGUGGAACUAGAAGACACUUUAUGCUGUAGUCCAGGGCUAUACCUAUAUCAAGAUGAAACAAACGCUUUCGCGUGCUGGGACCCAAAAACAAAUAACGAUAGUGAUAUUACUUAUGAGAUAAUUUGUGAACACGAUAUUCAAUUUGAAACUGAAAGUGAUACUAUCUCGUUUUCGGUCAGAGAAGACGGCUACUUACUUGUAAAUGUACCUAAUGAUCAAAUCGAGAUUGCACCUAACACGUUCUGCGUGUCCAAUUACACGAAAAGCACGAACGAGUCUUUUCUAGCGGAUGCGGUUGUAUCAGUGCUGGGAUGCAGGCCAGUGCCGCCAGAGCCACUUGUCAGCUACGAGGUGUCCGCUUACUGCAUGCUGGUGUCUGUCGUCUUCUUAUUCCUCACUGCCCUCGUGUACAUCGCAUUACCGGAGAUAAGGGAUUUAAAUGGGAAGAGUUUCAUUAAUUUCUGCGUGUCUCUUGCGCUGGGUUUACUUUGCAUAGCCAUCAACAAUCUCCUAACAUUUUUUCAAGACAUGAAUCUUUGUGCUACUAGAGGUUUUCUGAUUUACUUUUUCCUUAUUGCUAGUUUCUUCUGGAGCAAUGCGAUAUCCAUACAGAUACUACGUAGCAUGAGACGUCCAUUAAAAGUUGACUAUGGAUGGAAAGAGUUCGCGUGGUACGCUCUGUACGCUUGGGGGUCGAGCACGGUACUCACCGUAGGCAUGGCUAUUGUUAACUUUAUGCCGGGAAAUCAUCAGAAGCCUGGUAUUGGACUCAGAUACUGCGGGUUUUACAACAAGAAGCAGCAGUGGUACUACAUGUACAGUGUGAUGUCAAUCCUGAUCUCAGCCAACAUCUGCAUCUUCGUGUACACCUCAGUGCUGCUCUGGCGGCAGAGCUUCGCAUCCACACAUCUCAAGGCUCUUAAAUACAAAUUUCUAAUGACAAUCAGAUUGUUUAUUAUAAUGGGAAUUCCCUGGGUCUUUGAAAUGAUAAGUUCAUUGACGGAACGGAGCAUUAUAUGGGUAAUACUGGACUUUGUGAACGUGCUGCAAGGUCCGCUGAUCUUCCUGGUGCUGGUGGUGCUGCGGAGACGCGUAGUGAAGGCGCUGUUGCGGCGCGGCGUGCUCGACUGCCUCGCGCCGCACGUGGAGCGACAUCUCGCGCUCGCUGACGACGACGAGGACGUCAUACAACAUACCAUGGAUGUGCCGAUGGACGAGAAAGUCACCAUAUAACUAACCUCUUUGGUGUGGGAUGGACCUUAUCAAAGAUUCCCUUCUGCUGGCGGAACUGAAUUAUGUAGGGUUUUACCUACAAAAACUCAUUAAAUGGCCAAAAAAUGGUAUAAUUUAAAAUAAUUUAGCUUUAAAAGCACCAUACUACUAAGAAUAUUAUUUAAAACUCGCAUUUAUAAAUAUUAAUAAUUCCCUCUAUUAAUUCUAGUCAAGCUCACUGCACAAUUUAUUUAGAAUUAUCAAUCUGACCGUACACGUUUCGCUAUUUACGUAUUUUGUACUUCUACUAGGUUUAGUUUUUAUAGUUCUAUUCAUGUCUGUGUACAAUAUUAACACAUUAACUGCCACCGACUCGUGUGACUUCAUUCUAGUACGUAAACGAGAUACUGUCGCCUUUAUUACUCCCAAAUGAAUGCACUUGUUACAAAAAUCAUACGAUAUUUAUACAAGCUCGUCGCGGCUCCGGAAAACGAUACCUUGUGUUCCGUUGUUUGUCGGGUAAAGUAACACCGCGUCUUUCUGCGUAGACCGACAAAGUAUCCCGCCCUGCACAAGAUAAAUGCAGCCGAAAUCGAGGUGGUGUCCUUGAACUCUAACGUGUUGCGAGCGAGUCCAAGGACGGCACUUGUACACGUCUCCAACAGACGUGUAAUAUUAAAUUUGUUGAUAUCUUUAGUUAUUUGGUAAGGAUCAUUUUUAUAGAAAAAAAAUUACCUUUUUUUUAAGUAUUUAUUUUUGUACUA